AUGCCGGCCAGCAGCCACCCGCCGUCGCCGGCGUCUCCGCUAGAGGACGACAACCUGCUACCCCAGAUCCUCCUCCGCCUUCCUCCGGAUCCUUCCUCGCUCCCGCGCGCAUCCCUCGCUUGCACGCGCUGGCGCAACCACGUCGCCGACCCGGGAUUCCGCCGCCGAUUCCGCCUCCACCACCGCCGCAACCCUCCCCUCCUCGGCUUCUUCGACGGGUGCGGAAGCCUGGACUUCAUGCCGACGCUGGAGGCCCCCGACCGCGUCGCUCCCGAGCGCUUCUCGCUGCAGCGCGACGAGGGCGACGGCGUUUGCAGGCCGCUCGGAAGCCGCCACGGUCUGAUGCUAAUCAUAGUCCCCAAGCGUCUUCAGGUACUGGUGUGGGACCCCUUCACCGGCGACCAGCACCGCCUGGAUGUUCCCCCGGGGCUCACGACUAAUGGUUGGGAUGAGCGCCUGAUCAACGGGGCGGUGCUUCGCGCUGCCGCUGGAGACUCCGAGGACUUUCAGGUGGUCUUGGUGGCAGCAGACGGUGGGCAAGAAAACCGACGAGCAGUGGCCUGCGUCUACUCGUCGGAGACCGGCGCAUGGGGAGGGUUCAUCACAACACCCCUUCCAAACCAUGGUCAUGCGAGCAGCUUAUUUUUGAGGUAUUCCACCAGCGUUUACAUGGAUCAUGCUGUGUUGGCUGGAGAUUCCCUUUACUGGCAGCUCAUUGGGAAUUUCCAAGGAAUUCUCCAGUUUGAUUUGGAGAGGCAGAUGCUGGACGUAAUGCCGGUGCCGGUGCCAAUCUAUAGCAAGGGCAACUGCUUCAAGCUUAUGCGGGCCAAGGGUGGUGGUGGUGGGAUAGGUUUCCUCUUCAUGUCCAAUUCAAACUACAUUGCCCAGCUAUGGAGCAGGAAGACCGAUGCCGAUGGUGUUGCUUCAUGGGUGAUCGGAAGGUCUAUCGAACUCGACAAGUUACUUUCGCUCCGUUCAGGGAAGGAGAACAUAAGGAUCGUAGGGUUUGCAGAGGACAACAAUGUGGUACUCAUGGAUAUGCUAAGGGGCUUCUUCAUGAUCCAACUCGACUCAAUGCAGUUCAAGAAGCUUGCCAGACCCAAGGCAGCGUUGUCCUGUUGUCAUGCGUUUGAAAGCGUCUACGCUGCUGAAACAAGCAUCCGUGGUGGACAUGAUGGAGCUGAUCUUUUGCAUAAUACAUAA